AUGCCCAAAAGCGCGACACCCAGUGCAGCGCGGCGUCUGACAGUCACAUCUGAUGUGCCCACGCCUCCGGCACCUCAGGCAGGGCCGAUCGUGCUCGUAGGUGGGGGCUUCUGCUCCAUUAUUGGCGGCGCCUUAGUGGGCCGCUGGAACCUGGACUACGCGGGCAUCAUGCGCUUCUGUAUGUUCAACUGUUGCUUCUCCUGGUUCGGCGUUCUUGCCUUUUUCUUCAACUGUCCGGAGAGCACGUACGCCACCCCUGACGGAUACGUGGGCGCACCGAAACCCACAAGCUUCAACUUCACUUGCAACUUUGACUGCAACUGCACCUCCAGCGUUCUCAACCCUGUCUGCGGCGCUGACUCCGUCGUCUACCUGUCUCCGUGCCUUGCAGGCUGCCACAGGGAGCUUCAGCCGAAAAACAUAAAGACCGCACUGUACAGCGAAUGCUCGUGUGUCAACGGCACGCUGAACGACGUCGCGGACGUGAGUGCGGAGUGGCUCCUUCUGGAAUCCGUGCAGGCGAUCCGAUCUCGUUGUCCCGUCAACUGCCCGCUCCUCCUCGUCUACCUGGUUGGCAUCUUCCUUUCGCUCAGCUCGCCCUUCCUCAACGGAGCGGCGGCCACGGCAGCAGCCAUCAGAUGCGUUAAGCCCGCUGAGAGAUCGCUGGCCCUUGGAAUCCUGACAGUCAUCUACCGGCUCGCAGGCACCAUCCCGUCUCCGGUGAUCAUGGGCGGCAUCGUGGACGAGGCGUGCCUGGCGUGGCACCGGCCGUGCGGCUCCAGCGGCAACUGCAUCGCGUACAAGAACGAGGACAUGGCACGCGGCAUGUUCUACGCGCUGAUCGUCAUGCUCGCCAUGUCCAUGCUGUUGUUCUACCUGUCCCUUUUGGCGCACCGCCGCCACUCGCGCAGGCACAAAGACGCCAGGCAGCUGGACAAGAUGGCGAGUCCAGCGCGCAGACGUGACGACGAGCUUCCACUGGCUGAAGGCAGCACUCACCACACGGUGCAGAAGACGCAGAGCCACAAGAAAGGGAGGAAACAUGGGCACAAGGGUAUCGUUUACCAUAACUUAUUUGAUGAGAGGGCGCUGAUUCUGCCCACUUGCCAGGGUUCUCAAAGAAGCAGCAUCGGCAAAAGCAUUCGGCCGAUGGCGGCGCGGCGUUGGCCAGCGGACAGGGGUCGCCGUUCUCACACAGCGGCGAAGAGCAGCUCGGCGGCCUGGCUUCCGGUGGCGCUUCGAAGAGCGACCAACUGUCGCCGCAGUCCUCCGGAAGACAAGCCACCCACCGAGGAACUGUCCCCCAACGACGACGCCGCUGCCAGAACCGCUGGCGCAGCGGAGGUGGAAGACGGCGAGGAUGCGGCUGCCCUUGUCAGCCCCGGGAGUCUCGUCAGCCCAACGUCAGCGUCGGCCGCUCGAAAACAAAGUGCCGAGCGCAAGGACACAACGGCCGCGGACGUGACUAACGGCGACGUCGCCGAGCGGUCGAAAAAGAAACGCGGCAAGAAAAAGCGCAGCAAAGGCGCAGAAGCCGAGGCACCGUCACCUGCUCAGGCGAUGCUGUCGCCGUCGAGUCCGACGAGCCAGGAAGAGCAGGAAGGCCUUUCCAAAUCACUCAGCGGCAAUGCCGCGCCGCUGAUAGAUUCGCUGUCGUCGGACGAGAGGCUGAAGUCCCCCGAUCAGCCGGCUACGACAUCAGGACCUCUUUCGCCGACGGAGCUCAAAGAGGCGGGAAAAGAGAUUUCCCCCCAGGGUGGCCAAGUGCCGAUUCCGCGACAACAGAUCCCUUCCGACAUAACAAGCCCGACGCCGCCGAAGGCAGACUCCGUGCCAGUGGAACGGAAAAGGCGCGAAGUCCUUUGCGGAAUGAUGGGCUUGUACCCGGGCUUCCUGCAGAGUUAUAGGACGCCCCGCUGCGCGCUCACCGUACUUUGCCUGGUGUCGUUCACGCGCAGCUUUUCCAUGACCGGCGUCAUGAUGGUGGUGCUGCCUACGCUCGAGCGCCGGUUUCAGCUGAAGGGCUACGAGAGUGGCAUGAUCCUCAGCAGCAACGACGUGGCCAGCUGCCUGACCAUGCUGCCCGUAGCCUUCCUGGCCACGCAACGCAACAAGCCGCGCUUCAUCGGCUACGGCGUCGCCACGCUGGGACUGGGCAACUUGGUCGUGGCGAUGGCCCACUUCCUGUCGCCGGCUUAUCGCCUGUCGGAGGCUGGGACCGACUUGUGCCCGAUGACGGUCUUCAGUUCGUCGUGCACCAAGACCGGGAGCAUUAGGAACUACCGCUUCAUUUUGAUGGCCGGACAGCUCAUCAGCGGUCUCGGUGCCACUCCCAUCAACACAGUCACCAUCGCGUACCUGGACGAGAACCUGCCUAAACGGCAGUCCAGCCUCUACAUAGGUAUCUUCAACAGCAUGACGAUUAUCGGGCCUGCUCUCGGCUUCAUUGUGGGUGGUUACACACUCACCUACUACGUCGAUAUAUCUACUGACGUCUCCAGCAUAGGCCUUACCCCCAAGAGCCCUGCGUGGGUCGGCGCAUGGUGGCUCGGUUCCCUGGUGACCGCUGCCAUGGGCCUCACCCUCGGCGUGAUGGCCUGCUCGUUCCCGAAGUACCUGCCCGAAAUGUUCAGCACGGGCCUUACCGCAAUGUUGACGAAGUUCUUCGAGUCGCAGCUGGGUCUGCCGUCUGCCAGGAUUGCCUACAUGGUCGGGCCCAUCGUGCUCGUCGGCGGAGGUUUCGGCGCCAUCAUCGGUGGAGCGCUAGUGAGCCGCUGGAACUUGGACUACGAGGGCAUCAUGCGCCUGUGCAUGUACAACUGCUGCUUCUCCUGGUUCGGCGUGCUCAUCUUCACGUUCAGCUGCCCACAGGGCAUUUACGCCACGCCAGAUGGUUUUGUAGGCGAAGUAGUGACGUCGAGCUUCAGUUGGCAUUGCAACGCCGACUGCAACUGCACGGCCAGCCUCUUGAACCCGAUAUGCGGCGCUGAUGGCGUGGUCUACCUGUCUCCUUGCUUGGCGGGCUGUCACAGGGAUCUUCAGGUCAAAGACCUUAAGAUGUACAGCGGCUGCACGUGCAUCAACGGCACGAUGAGCGAAGUUCCCGGUGUCAGCUCCGACCGGCUGCUUCUGGAGGCCGUGCAAGCGACGCGUUCGCGAUGCCCAACCGACUGCGCUCUGCUCUUCCCGUUCCUGGCUGGCGUCUUCCUGUCGCUCAGCGCGUGCUUCCUCAACGCUGCUCCGUCCACGGCGGCAUCAAUCAGGUGCGUAAAGCCCGCUCAGCGGUCGCUGGCGCUCGGCAUCAGGCAGGUCAUCGGACGCCUUGUGGGGUCCAUCCCGGCACCAGUGAUCUUCGGUGGCAUACUGGACCAAACGUGCUUGUCCUGGCAUCAGUCGUGUGGCAAAAGCGGCAACUGCAUCGUGUACGAGAACGAAGGGAUGUCCCGCGGCCUCUUCUACGCGCUGGCUGUCACUCUCUCCAUUAACAUGAUGUGCUACUACGCGUCCCUCGUGUCCCACCGACGCCACACCCGCCAGCGCGCCAUGGCCAAGAAAAGCCGCGCGUUGCGCAGGAACUGACCGAGGCUAUCACGGCUAGGCUGCUACGAGGUCGCCGGGGAAGCACCGAGUCUUCUCCCGUGUAGCGCUGCUUUCGUACGCAGAGCGUUAUUGCACACGCAACCGUUGCAAGGAGACAGCGUGCGACGUGAUCGCGCACCAGUUUGUGCUUAGAGAUUGAAGGG